AUGAGUAAUCUCCUCAACCCGCUCGUCCAACACGGAUAUCACCCGCUCUCCCUGAAAACUGCCAAUGGAGUAAUCCUUGCUAAACCCAACAAACCGGACUACUCCUCCCCUGCCGCAUACCGCAUAAUCGUCCUCCUCCAGACCUUCUCCAAGAUCCUGGAGAAAAUAAUAACACUCCGCCUGGCCGUGAUAGCGAAGGCCACAGGACUCCUCCAUAACCACCAAUGCGGGUCAGUCAGCGGCUUGUCCACUGGAGACGCAGUCACCACACUCAUACACGAGACCAGGGCCAUGCAGUUGGCCAAACUUAAAGUCUCCACCCUCUUCCUAGACAUUAAAGGGGGCUUUGACCACGUCCUCAAACAACACCUAGCCUCCACCCUCGCAGAAAAACACACCCCCCCCUACAUCACGAACUGGGUCCUCUCCUUCCUAUCCGACCGCUAUAUCACGCUGUUGUUUAAAGGAUCCCCCAAAAUCCCCACAGCCGUCCAAGUAGGAGUCCCACAAGGAUCCCCAAUAUCACCGCUUCUCUUCCUUAUUUAUAUUAACUUCCUCCACCAACACGACCCCACCCCUGGCAUUUCACUCUCCUAUGUAGACGACCUGGCCAUUACAGUGGCCUCCCCAUCAUACAGGGAAAACAUCGACAUACUCCAGACCCACUACAAUAAGCUCACAGCUCUGGCCUCCCCCAAGAACGUCACAUUCUCGGUGGGGAAGACGGAGCUAAUGCACUGGAGAACCCCACGCGAUAAGUCCCCCACCUCACACCUCCCAAUAAUCCUAGAUGGCCAAACCUUCCAGCCCAGCUCUAUAGUACGAUGGGUCGGAUACUGGCUCACCCCUAACUUCAACCCCAACGCCCACUUCAUCAGAAGAACGGCCUCCGCAAGAGCAGCCUUCGGCAUUCUCAACCGCUUCUCCUCAGCGGGAAAAGGCCUAUCACCUGCAAACUGCAGGAAAGUAGCCCUCCUCGCCAUCCGUCCCAUGCUCACAUAUGGAGCCAAUGUAUUCACCCCAACAUCAGCGCUCCGAGAAAUGAACACCUUCUGGAAUGCAGUCCUCAGAUGGACAACAGGCUGUUUCAGAGCCACCAAUAACCGCGUCCUAUGGGCAGAAGCAAAAGCCCCCCCCCUAAUACUAUACCUCCACUUCCUAAAGUGCAAAUUCGCCAUUAGGAUCCUCCGAGCCUCCCCACUAGCAAACCCAGUAACGGGAAGGACAGACCCCCACUUCCCCACCACCCUACGAGACCGAACCUUUUCGCACACCGCCCUCCUUAAAGGCCGACCCAACCCACCAAAGAAAUGGAAUUCCAGAGCGAAGAAAGGGGUAGCACAUACACCCAUUGAACACCUCUGCUCCCUGCUCCUCCCCCUGAUCGAAGAAGGCGUAGACCAGGGCAAGAUGGCCCAUAGAGCCAAGCAACAACUGCUGGAUAACUGGCGCACCCAUUUCCCAACUCCGAACUACUACACGCACAGAUUAGACACAUCCCCUCUACCCUUUACACACCUUCACAAGUUUAUUGCCACAAGAAUCCACCAAAUAAGAUCAGGAAAGAGCUACCUACGUGCGCAACAAUCCUGGAUCAACCUACACACCUCGCCCAAAUGCCGGAAAUGUGGCCUCGAAGACGAGACCCCCGACCAUGCCAUACUACAAUGCAACGCCUCUGCACUCACCCGCUCCCAAACCUUAGAUGGAGUUACAUCCCUUGAGGAAAUCUGGGACAACCACACCCUUACCCUCCUACUAGGGGCCUACAUUACCAAAACCAGAACAGGCUACCCGGUCAGCCGGGGACCCUCACCACUCGAGUCAGGCUCAGGAACCUCAUCCCCCCUCAGCUCAGUCUCCUCCUCCUCUACGCCAUCAACAGCAUUCAUGGGCCCAAUACCCACAGUCUACGCGUCCUAG